AUGGAAGCUCUCCUCCAAUCUAGUUCCGUACCGCCUCCUCGAGCGCCCGCCGAUGUUAAAGGUUCCCCUCGUCAAGAAUCCGUGGACGCACGGAGCGCAUCUCCUUCUGUCAUUGAGAAAGAGCUUGCUAAUUUGGUGAUAAAUGAGACAGGAGAGCAGAAAUACAUUGGGCCAUCGUCGGGAUUUUCGAUUCUUUCUCCCCGAGGACUGGCAUGGAUUGAACGAAAAACCGGCUCGAUGAGGAUGAAAACUAUCCUGCAAACCAUCCAGCGUGCAGGGCCUUUUUGGGCCUCCUUUAGGAUCGGCCAUCAGUGGGACGGAGAUCAGUCGGCAAGAUUUGACCUCCCAUCCAAGGAAGCAACAACAUACCUCGUCAACCAUUAUUUCAAAUGCUUCAAUGCCUCGUUUCCUCUUUUCGACCGGUUCGUGUUCUGGGAACUUUUCGAGCGACAAUACUCCAAUAACCCUCCAACAAAACGGUCUUGGUUUGGCGUGUUGAAUGUCGUCCUCUCCAUUGGUUGUAUCACGGCCACCGCCUCAAUCCGCACAGAUAUUCAGACGCGCGAUCCUUUCAUGUCGACCGAUAUGUCAGACUGGCCCUGGAGAUUCUUCAAGAACGCCUGCUCCGUCCUGUUGGACAUCAUAUUUCUAGACACUGACCUCAUGGGCGUCCAGACAGUGAUUGGAAUGGCUUUUGUCAUGCAAGCCAUAAUGAAUCCUGAAGGUGCCUUUGCCCUCAUCGGGAUCGCAGCACGCCUCGCCACCUCUCUAGGUCUGCAUCGAUGGCUUCCAGGUUUUGGUCUUUCCAAAGUCGAGCUCGAGCAACGUCAACGAGUGUUUUGGAUAAUGUAUAUCCUCGAAAAGGAUCUGGCAACUCGUAUUGGCCGGCCUUCUGCGAUUGAUGACGACGACAUUGGAUUCGGACCUCCUUCCGGAGAAAUACACGGCGAGGGAGAAAUUGCUAUAUCGUUGCCCUCCAUUAAUUAUAACAAAUUCUACCCUUUUCAACGCAUGUGCACUCUGGCCAUUAUCGAAAGCAAGGUGUACAAGGAACUCUAUGCUGUUAGUUCACGGGUCAAGACGGCCAGUGAAAGACUCCGAGCAAUCAGCAGACUAGACGCGGAGCUCCAAGAGUGGAAGGAAAAUUUUCCGAUAGAGGUCAGACCGGAACAUUCACUACAGUGCGACCCAGAAUCCAGAUUUCCCAUUAUCGUUCUUCACUUUGGAUAUUAUCACUGUUUGGCAGCCAUCCACCGCGUCAACGCGCAUCACGAGUUGUGGCUUGCUGAUGUGGAAUCUGACAGUGGCAGUGGUUCCCCGGAAAACCCCUCGACAGCUGCAAAGAGGAGUGAUCGUGGUCACACGUCGUAUUCGCUUUGCCUAGCUUCAGCACGGUCUAUACUACACCUUUCUGUAACUUAUCUGGAUGACUGGAGUGAUCCUCGCAACAAACUCAUCUGGAUAGCGCCAUACUUUCCAGUUUCUGCAUUUCUGGCUUUAUUUGCACACAUGUUGCAAUCGCCUCUUGACCCAAGGGCUGCCGGAGACCAGAUUCUGAUGGAGCGGAUACUGGGAUGCCUCAACAGAGUAAUCACUUUGGAAGACAGAUCGAUCGUACAGUUCCUCGCCACCAUGAUCGGCGAAUUAUUUGUCAUCGCCCGGCAGCACGUCGACAAUGUCAAAGCGCGAUUGUCCUCACCCAACUCCCAGCAAUCCAACUUUGGUGCAGAAAAAGGCGAGAUGAAUCCGAUUCCACAAGGAUUCGUGAAUCCACUUACAGAAAUGGUUUCACCACUACCCGAUACUACCACGCCUUCUCAGUAUUUUCCAACCAAUGAGUUAGUCACGUCGCAACCACAUACCACAAAUCUCUUCAAUAUAAGCUCCUUUCCGGCUUCAGAUCAGACCAUGGGCCAGAACGACAAUACUCUUGCCGACUUUCCAGAUUCGAUGAUGGACGACCCGUUCUUUUUAAUGCAGGACUAUGAUUGGGACUGGAGCUACUAA